UUUACCUGCGCUAGGUAGGUUGUUGGCAGGUGAGUGAUGUCGUUGGAGCGGAGCAACUAACCUUGAGUUCCAAGAUGUACUCACGAAGAGCGGUGCACAUGAAUGUCCACACGAUUGUAGUCUGUUCUCCGCCACUAACUCGUAUUAGAGGCCAAUAGCCAACUCUUUCAAGUUGGUACAUUUUACGUGAAAAACUGAACGGAAAUGUGAUUCUCACCCCCAACCGUGGUUGACGUCAGAAAUAGGAAAAGCGGAAAAUUAUCACAUAGUCAACAGACGACAAAUUGCGGGGCAUUAUCAGCUUAUACGCACAGUGAAUUCAUUAGUGUUGUUGUUUUUGUUGUAAGUGGCCGGAGAUAUCGUUGUAAAGUUGAAUGGAGUGACGUCACCCUUUCAGCUCUUCCCGGUCACCCGCCCGCCUCUUCGAUAGUACAUGUGGAAUGUGUGGAGUUACUGUUGCUGCUGGUGUGCAAUGUUGGGGUUUGGGGGAGCUUUCGCGUGUGGAUGCUAUUCCCCCCACGGAAACUUGCGCGUGACUCGGUUUUCUCUCCCGAUACCACGAAGGCAGUAAGAAACUUGUUUUUCUGUUCUCAUUUGAACUAUAGCCAACCGUGAUCUGGUCCACGAAACACUAAUUAUUGCAAAGAACAAACUAGGAAUGGAUUAGUAACGAAGCCAGAGAGCUUGCCAACGAAAGUGACGUCCCUCCCCUAAGGAAAGCCCCAAAAACCCCCGAAAAUAUCACGUCAUUUUCGUGGAUGUGUGGAAAUAUGCGACAACUAUACAAAAGCUAGCUUAAGCGGAUUCUUCCCUUAUCACCAACCAUAUCAUACGCGAAGUUUCGCCCGGAACGUUUAGAAGCAAGAACCAGUCAGCAGCCUGACGGUCCCAUUGAUAGUGCAUAGGCAUUUCGCAAGCAUAAGCACUCAUCCAUCAUCAACAUUUGCUCCCGCCACAGACGAAGAAAUUCCUGGAGACAAUCCCUGCGUAUCCACUCGACAUCCUAAAUUCCUGGCAGCAAGUUCCUACGUUUUGUCCGCAGUGGUUCGCGAGUAGAACGGAAAGUGCGUACGUGUCCGGCCUCGAGAAUUGGGAAAAGCCUGGAAAAUCGAUAUUCAAAUAUACGAAUUACAGUGAAGCAUCUACGAUACCAAAACGUGCGGCAAAUCGGCAGUCCAAUCGCGUUACAGUCGAUGGUGAAUUGAUCCACCAAACAGGAACCCAUUAGUUGCGCUUCGUGCUCCUCAACGCAGCACCCUUGCUCCACAGAACUAGCUGUGGUCGCAUUCCAUAUGGAGUAGCCGACGCUGGUUCCAUUAGCCAGUGUUCUAAUUGUUAGCGAGCCGUUCAGCGUUACGACGCAAGAAAGAGUUGUGUGAAGUGUACUUUGUUCUUGGUGCCAAAAUUUUGUAAUAAUUCCAUCAUGACGAUGGGAUGGUUCCAUAUGGCGGCGUUGGUUUCAUCGAUAGCGGUCGCAGUCGUUGGCCUUCGAGUUCAGCAGGACAUCAACGACGAUCCUAAUGAACUGCAAAAGGUGGACGGACAGUAUCCUCGCGGGAGGUUCCCCUUCCUCAUGCCGAACGUUCAUCCACGCACGCCAGAAUUAUAUCUCUGCACUCCCAUCAAAGUCGACUACACAAAGAACUACUACAUAAUUGGAUACGAGCCAAACGCUACCAUGGAUACAGCACAUCACAUGCUCCUGUACGGAUGCGGUGAACCCGGUACCACGAAACCUGUCUGGAAUUGCGGGGAGAUGGCUAGCUCACAAAAUUCAGACGGAGAAACAGCAACUCCUUGUGGUGAAAAUAAACAUUCCCAGAUUAUUUAUGCUUGGGCACGCGACGCUCCAAAAUUAGAACUGCCCGAAGACGUGGGAUUCAAAGUCGGCAAGGAUUCGCCCAUUAAAUACAUUGUGCUGCAAGUUCAUUACGCCAGCAUUGACAAAUUCAAGGAUGGCGGAACGGACGACUCUGGAGUUUUCAUCCACUAUACCAUGAAACCGCUAACGAAUUUAGCUGGAGUACUUCUACUGGGCACAGCUGGUGCCAUACCUCCAAUGGCAACAGAGCAUAUGGAAACAGCAUGUGAAAUCAAUGAGCGCAAAACAAUAUAUCCAUUCGCGUAUCGAACACAUACUCACGGUUUAGGAAAGGUUGUGGCUGGAUAUCGAGUAAGACAGGAUGAGCAUGGACGUGAUGUUUGGACGCAAUUGGGUAAACGAGAUCCUCUGACUCCGCAAAUGUUCUAUCCAACAGAAAACACAGAACCGAUUGUCUACGGUGAUCAGUUGGCUUCAAGGUGUACUAUGAAAAGUAAUCGACAUCGAUACACAUUUACAGGACCUACGAACGAGGACGAAAUGUGCAAUUUCUACUUAAUGUAUUACGUCAAAGAGGGAGAACCAUUGGAUAUGAAAUAUUGCUUUAGCCAAGGACCUCCGGCCUAUUACUGGCGAAAUCCUGAUGUUGGAUUGAACAACAUUCCAGACAAGGAAGCAAGCCUUUUGUAAAAUGUUUAUCUAUCAGGGAAAAAAUCGACCAUUAUUGUAGUAAAUUAUAACUACUAAAAAGUGGAACGUAAAUUCAGGCAUAAAACGAAAAUAUUUCUUCCAAAAAAUUAUGGUUAUAUUUGUCAAUUGGAUAAUGAAGAGUUUGGUAUCAGUCAAUGGAAUGAAUUUUAUUUUAAAUAAGAGUAUAAAAAAUUUUGAUAUAGAUCCAAGCUCAUUCCUGUUGCGUAGAAUAUGGGGAAAGUAUUUUUAACCCGAAAAAAAAACUGUAAAAGUUCCUUUUAUUUAGCUGAUGUUCCAGCCCCGCUUUGAGCUCAGUCAUUACAAUUUUUUUCCAAACAUGAAAUAUUCAAAUGUAAUAUUUUUGGAAGAAUAUAAAAAGAUACAAUUCAAAUGGGAAAUAAUGAUACCUGUAAUUAUUAUAUAACGGAAACUUCCUUAAAUAUCAGAAAAAAACCUCCAAAGCAUACGCAUAUCUACCAUAUACAUACCUUAACUACAAUCUACUAAUUAUUGAAACUAUUUGCUGUGAAACUAUAUGUGUAAUAUAUCCUGGAAAAAGGUCCAUAUUUUAAGUUUUACAAUCAGAAUUGUUUGUCUGUCUAUAUAAACUUUAAAUCGCUGUUAGUAACUUUAAAUUCUAUGUUUUAUUGAGAAUUGUGCAAUUUAGAGAAUGAUAUGCGUGUUUAGUGAAAAUUUUAAUAAACAACUAAAUAUGGAUGAAUAUGAAUAUGGUAGUAAAGGUAAUUAGAAGCACAACAAUUUAUAUAUUACUCUUAAAAUUGUCUUAAAUAUUCAAUUGUCCAGAUACGGUACUGAGAUACAUUUUUCCAAAACAUACACUAUUAUUUUACAGAAAAUUUAUGAUUCUAUUACAUAAAAGGAAAAGUAGAAUGAACAAUACGAACAUUGAAAGAAAAUAGAAUACAUAAAAUUAAUAAAACUCAAGAAUCUCUAAAGCUUUAAACUGGAAAAUUAUAUCAUCAAAGUAGAACAAUAGAAAAAAGUAGCUAAACGAAUUGAAAUAUAUUUACAAAAUAUUUUAUGGAUUGAGCAGAUGAUUAUGAAGGGUUCAUAAGUAUUCUGAGAGUAGUCAAUUUAAGUUAUACAAAUGAACGAUGCAUGUGAUUUACUUUUAUCUUUAAACUGAUUUUGGAUCUUUUUUUACCGGCUGCUUAUCGGUUUUUACAAUUUUCUUGUUCUAUUCUAAAGUCGAAUAUUUUAUUAACUUAAAUUGAAUUUUUCUGAUAUAUUAUACAUUUAUUUUUGAAUAAAUAUAUUUAUUUGCAA